AUGAGUGAUCCACUUGAUUACUUUAACAAAGUUAACUAUAACAUACGCGGUUUUGAAACAACAAAUCAGAUUGUCGAAUAUUUGCCACCUAUAGGUAUAGAAAAAAAAAUACGAUUUUGUCGCUGUUGGCAGUCUAAAAAAUUUCCCUACUGCGAUGACACCCACAAGGUUAUGAAUGAGGCGGGAGAUUCCGUGGGUCCAUUUGUGGCUAUAAUAAAAAAUGAAGAACCUACAACCUUUCAUAAGCUUAAAUUAACAAACAAAAUAGGCAACACAAAUACUCCAAAUUUCAACAUCAACAAUAAAAUGACAUUUAAGAACGCCAAAGUAGCAUUGGCUGCAGUAACGGCAUUGGCUACAAGUUUUUACGUUUACAAAUUAUCUAGUAGUAUUAUUAAAUAUAAAAAGCAGCAUACUGACAAAUUAAGUUUGACAAAUCAAUAA